UAUAAAAGCAGAUUUUUUAAAAAUGAAUUUAAUUUCAUUACUUUUAUUUAUAUAUUAAUAUAUAUUGAUUAUAUUUUUUAUAAAUAAUAAUUUCUAAAUAGAUAUAUAUAUAUAUAUAUGUAUGUAUAUUCAUAUUUUUUUUCUUAUACUUUUAAUGUAUUAUAUAAAGCAUUAUUAUUUUACAGUAAAAAACAAAUGUGUAUUUUAUUUUUAAUUUUUUUUAAUUUUUUGAAAUCUUAAAAUUAUUUAUUACUUUUUUAAUAUAUUAAAAGAAAAAUAAAAAUUAUUUUUAUCAUUACAACUAUUAUUUAAUUCCCGAAUUACUUGAAUAAAUAAAUUACGAUUAGAAACGGAAUGUUUAAAAAUGGAUGUAUAUAUCUGAAAAGCAAGGAUGCGGAUCUUAUUUCAAUAACCAAUGGUGUUAUAGUUACAAAAGAAAGAAGAUAUGUUCUCAUUUUGAUAGUAUGACUUUAAGAGUUUUCAGGUGUGGUACAUUCAAGUGUAUUCGUAUGUACUGUUCGAUCGAAUAUGACUCGUCAAUGGUAUAAACAAACGCUUGAAUUUUAUCGAGAUGUGCAUUAAUUUAAUCAUCUAUACGUGUGACGAGUUUAUUUCAACUUAUAUUCAUCAUAAAAAAUAACAGUGUAUCUGAAUUUUUCGAGUCUGGAAAAUUUUAGAGUGUUAUAGAUUCAAUUUGUUCAUAAUGAUUUAGAAAUUGAUAUAAAGUGCGGUAGUUUCAAAGACUGUUCUAUUCUGAAUAUAGAAUCAUUUUGUUAAUUUUAGGGAUAGUAAAUAUUUCUGUCAAAAUUAAAUAUAAGGAUGCCUGCACCACCUCCACCUCCACCUCCUAUUUUCAAUACAUCUGGAUCUAAUGUAGGAAGUCAAGAUAGAAAUUUACUUCUUCAAUCAAUUAGAGCUGGAAAAACCUUAAAAAAAACUAUAACAAUAGAUAAAAGUGCACCUAUAGUUAGUGGUAGAGUAAAAACUGAAUUAGGAAACUCUUCUUCCUUGAAUAUCAAGGAAAAUAAUUCUAAUGUAGUUAACAGCAGCAUUAAUGCAAAUAAUGGAGGACCUAUAGGAUUAGGUGGAUUAUUUUCUAGUGGUAUGCCUAAAUUGAAACCUAUAGGAUCUAGAAUGACUUCAAGUGAAAAGAAUACUAACAAUAUAAAUAAUAUAAACUUGAGUCAAACAACUGUCCCUAGUAUAAAAAGAGGUCCACCUCCAGUUCCACCACCAGCUACUCAAAAGCCACAAAUAUUUGCUCAGAAAACAAAUUCAAUAUCAGGACAAAAUACUACAGAUUAUAGUAGUUCAAAUACUGAAACAUCUAAAGGAUUUGGAAAACCUACUCUUGCACCAAAACCACCUUCCACAUCCUCAUCUGCAUUGCACAAACCAUCACCACCUCCUAAAAAAUUAAAUUUAACUACUGGAGGAAGUGUGUCAAGAGCACAAAGUAUGCGAUUACCUAGAUCACCUCCUGUGCUUGCUCCAACUCCAUCUUCUCUUCAUCAGUCUCAAGAUUGCCUAAAUGAAACCCAACCAAGACCUACAAAUCGAAUACUUAGACCUCCAAUCGCGAAACCUCCAUCUCCUCCAACUUCUAGAACAAAUAAUAAUACAAUUACUACUGCAACUAGAGUAGCACCACCACCACCUUCUAGAAUAACUGUUAGUGCUCCAUGUAUACCACCUCCACCUCCUCCUCUUCCUCAUCGUCCAACUCCUACUCAUCAAAGAUUGGCUCCACCACCACCACCACCACCAACACCACCUACAAGAAGUUCUUCUAUGCGCAAUGGACAGACAGUGAAUAUUUUAGAUUUAGAGCUUCGAUUUGCAGAUAUGUUUCAUUCUGUUGCAAAUUUUCCAUCGCCAGAACCAUUUAAAGGAUUUACAAAAAUCUACAGUAGCAGAAAUGCUGCAAAACAGCAAGCUCCUGCGCCACCAAUGUCUUCUAUAUCCAAUACAAUGGUACCAUUAAACACAUCAUCCGGGGGUUAAUUGUGACAAUACAGUACUUUUUUGGCAUAUUAAAAGUUUACGAAUAAUUUGUUAUAUUUAUUAUAUUGUAUGAUUAGUGAAUAAUUUUUAAAAUAUUACAACGAAAGAAAAAUUUAGAUCAACAAAAAAAAACGGAAUAAAAGUAUUAAAACCAUUACAUAUUAUAAAGUAUUCAACAUAUUAAGUUCAUAAAGAAUAACAUAUCGAUUUUAGUAUUUUUCAUAGUUAUAUAUUUUUCUUAUAAAUCGCAGUAUAUUAUACUGUGUUAAAUUAAACAAAAAAUUAUUUUUAAAAAAAUAACUGAAUUUAUACAUAAAUAAUUGAUCAUGUAAAUCAUGUAUAUCAAUGUAAUGUUUUGAACGGUUUUAAUAAGGAUAGAAUCUUAUAUAUCUUUAUUUAUAACAACGAUUUUUUAUUAACUAAUAUACAAUAUUAAAUAUCAGAAUUCUUUUAGAUAUAAUUUAUUUUAGCUGGCAGUUAAACGAUGUGAAACUUUCUUAAUUCUAUUGUUAAAUCGAAGACUCAGUCUAUUUUGCAAAUUUUAUGUUAAUAAACAAUGAUUUUUCAUAGCUCUUUCAUAGCUUUAUUUAAAAUAGACAAUAUAAUCUCCACAGCAUCGAUAAACAAAUCAAAAAUAUUCGUUAUCCCAAUAUAAAAAUAAAUAUUUUUAUUUUCUUGCAAGCUUCGAAUUAAUUGAAACUUUCACAUCGAUAAUUUAACUCGAAAAAAUGCAAAAAUUCAUAAUACAAUUAAAAUAAUUUUUACAUUUCGAGUUCUUUUUCAAUAAUCUUACGAUAUUCGUCAAAACCUCCUUCGAUGCAUCGAACAGAACCUUCAGCACAUACCCAAAGUUCAGUGCAUACCAUGCGAAUUAAUCUUUCAUCAUGCGAAACUAAUAUAACACCUGCCUGAAAGAUUUAUUAAAAAAAAUUGUAAUAUAAUUUAAAAUAGAAACAAAUAAAUUAAAAAGAAAAGUUUUUACCUGA